UAAUUGGGGAUUGUUUAUUGAAACAUUAGCAUAGAAAAAUGAAACAUGAGAAGAUAACUCUACUAAAUAGCCUUUUUCAGAUAGCUAAAAUUCUCUAUGCAGGAUGAGAGUCGUAUUUUGAACUAAUCAGAGUGACAACCGACAAUGAAGUUAUUGGGACAAGGAUAAAAUACCGCGUCGAUCGUGUAGCCGUUAAUAGAUGUCUAUUAAUCACGUGUGCUCAGAUCUAAACUCUAUGAAUUCGUGAAUUCGCAUAAUCUGCUCGCGUGUUUUCCCUGUUUGAAAAACUUGUGUCUCAAAAAUUAUAAAAUAUAUUUUUGACAAACUGCGGAGAAUUUGGUUGACAUUGUCGUCUCGUCUAAUAUAUGUGUUUUGUCUAGAGUAAUAAAGUCGCGUUGCCAAUCUUUGAAAAGAGCUGCAGCUACACAUAUACGUAUGAGAUAGUUUUGUCUCGUAAUACUAUAUACUAUAUAUGCUUUGUGAUUUAUAUUACGCCACGUUUAACUCAAGCUCAAAGUCGGUCUAAGUCAGUCGCGUGUGUACCGUUGGCGGGUGCGGAUCUUUCACGUUCUCGGUUCUUGAUUCGUUCUCCACUCGAUCCCAGGGAUAUCCGAGUGAAAAAGGGAUAUUCGAAUAAGCCAGCACCCUCCGUUUUAGUCUUUCAGUCUCAUUAACGCCUCAAAGUCCAAGUCUUAAAAAUUUUUAGAUGAGAUAAGUAAGAUGUACUGACGCUUGGUUGGAAAUUGUUGAUCAACGAUUUAGAGUGCGUUGCGUGCGAGAGAGAUUAAUCGAUAGAGGAUUUUUAAGCAGAGUUAUCAUCCGGGUCACACAAAUCGCUUCUCAAUUUCAAGAUCACGAGGCAUAUAGUGCCAAUCGCACAGUGCCAUAUCGAUAAAGGAAUACAUUUUAUUUUCAUAAGGGAAACAUGCUGAAAUCUUAUCCCACGCGAUAUCCUACCAGCGGAGCCGGUGGUGGUCGAGUGAUUCGCUUGACAGUGGAUCAGGAAGCGGUUCUUCAAGAGCAAUUCAACAGAUGGCCAAGAGCACCUCAUACCGCGGACGUUGUACUCCUCGCAGCUGAAACGGGUCUUUCCGAGGCAGAUGUUGAAGGAUGGUACGCCAUCAGAUUGGCUCAGUGGCGGAAAGAACAGGGCCUCGGCGGGAAUUUGGGCCUGCACUGAUGAUGUGUGCAUCGCGUUAUCCGCACAAGGCUCUCAAUCUCGUUUCACUUUUGUACCUGAAACUCUUAUAUGUACACGGACUGGUGGCAAGUUAUGCGCAAUGUACCUUCCUUUUAAAAAAAUUAUUUUUAGACAAAAUUUAAAUUUCUUUAAAUUAUAUAUGGUUGAGUUCAAGUUUUACAUUAUUUAUUGUAAAUGUAACGGAACAUGUUUUUCUACACUCGAGCGGAAAAUAAAUUUUUAUAUAUAUAAAAUAUAUUAAACGUAAUGAAAUAUUUAAUUUAAUAUAAUUAAAUGACUAAAUUCAAUUGGAAAUUAAUUACUUGUAUUUGCACACCCCCACGCGUCAGUAAUUAAUAAAAUGACGGUCAGCGAAAUGUAAAAGUGAAGAUAGGAAAACAAGGAGACAGAAUUUCUGAUUUUUGAAAGUAAAAUAUCGGUCUUUUACGUAUUAGAGGAGAUUUAAGGUGAUUUACUAUUACCAACGGCCAGUCUAUGUACAGAAAUGUUUUAUUCUUAAAUUAUGCACAAAUUGCAAUCAAUACAAAUGUAUCUGAAACAAGCAAGUUGGGGGAUAUCUCAGUUUUUUUUAGCUGUCACAAGAAUAUUCAGAUAAAAUGACAGCUGUUUUGUUAGGUGUCGACAUAUUGCAUCAACCGCCAUGUGUUUUUGCAAAAUUCAUGAGACACGUCCGAUUAGUUGUUGUCAUAUCCGGAAGAAGAAACAACUGUUUUAAAUUGAUAACUGAUUUUUAAUAAUAUUAAUAAUCAAUUUAAAACAAUUGAUCAUAUCUAUUUUAUAGCUUAGUAUAGUAAAGCUAGUUUAUUUGUUCAGACAUCCACAUUUCGACUAAGUAGUAUUAUAGUAAUAAAGGUAUGCGCUAAGUCUGCACUUUAGCUAGAUAUCAU